GAAAGGAAGCCUUUGCAAAUUCAAGAACAAUUGUUAUCAACCAACGAUGAGGUACUUAUUUAAGGCUGGAGUUUUAAAUUCAAAUUCUUGCAAUAAUGUGCUCAAUUCUCAUUUUCGUGCACCUGGAGUUGUUCAAGUUGCUUCCCAUUCAAACAUGUCAUCAAAAUCGGUUCAAAAUUCCAGAAAGAUUGAUAAAAAUUCCGACCUGGAUAGCCCCAGAGAGCUACAAAGUUUUGGCCCACUCUUCAACGAAAUUCUUGGGAUUUUAGGAACUGAAAAUAUUGCAGCCGAAAAAAACGCGCCAUAUGGAUUUUUAGUAUCCAAGGAAACGCAGUUGAGAGGCAAUAUGGAAAGUGCAGAAACAUCAGUGUGUCAGCUGCAAAGUGCUUGUCAAAAUGCCGACGAGAAAAGAGACCAUGGAAAGAUGGGAAAUUUGGUGUUAGAAAAUAACGGGAGUGGAAUAUCGGAUGAGAUUGAAGUAAAAGAUGUUAGCCCAAUAGUUCAUAAGGUGACUGAGAUUGUCAGGAGCGAAAAUGGCUUGCUCUCGAUGGAGGAAAGGCUGGAAAAUGCUGACUUGGACUAUAACGAGAAGGUCGUUGAGAAGGUACUGAAGAGGUGCUUCAAAGUUCCACAUUUGGCUUUGAGGUUUUUCAAAUGGGUGAAAUUCAGUAAAGGGUUUCACCACACAGGGAACACUUUUAAUACUAUGAUAAAUAUAGCUGGGGAAGCCAAGGAGUUUGGUUUGAUUGAGGAAUUAGCUGAGGAAAUGGAGAAGAAUUCCUGUAAGAACAUUAAGACGUGGACUGUUCUUGUGUCUCAUUAUGGGAAAGCAAAACUGAUUGGCAAAGCCCUGUUGAUGUUUGAGGAAAUGAAGAGUGCUGGAGUUAGACCUGAUGCAAUUGCCUACAGAGAAAUGCUGCGUGCGCUAUGCAGUGCUCGAAAAGCUGACCUUGCUUUGGAGUUUUACAAGGAUAUGGUGCAUAAUGAGGUGUCAUUAGAUGUGGCAUUAUAUAAACAAUUACUUAAAUGCUUUGCAUUGUGUGGAGAUGUUGCUGCAGUGCAUUUUGUUGGUGAAAACAUGGUAAGACUUUCUGAGAUUCCCGAACUUCACACUUAUACUUUGAUGCUGAAGAGUUUCUGUAUUGCAGGGAGAAUCAAAGAAUCGUUAGAAUUAAUUCGUGACUUGAAGAAUAAGAAUAUCAUCCUUGACACUGGAAUUUUUGAGACAUUGGUGAAAGGACUUUGUAGCAGAGAUAGGAUUGCAGAUGCAAUAGAGAUACUUGAAAUAAUGAAGAGAAGGGAUGUAUUUAAUCAAAAUAUAUAUGGAAUUCUUAUAAGCACACAUUUGAGAAGAAAUGAAGUCUCCAAGGCAUUUAAUCUUUUCCAAGAUGCAAAAGAAUCUGGAAGUAUCUCAGUCUCUACCUACACAAAUUUGAUGCAACACCUUUUCUGGAAGAAUGAAUUUGAAAAAGGCUUGGAAUUGUACAAUGAGAUGCUUGCAACGGGGAUCCAAUUAGAUAGUGUAGCAAUAACUGCUGUUGCUGCUGGUUAUCUUCGGCAAAAUUGUGUUUCUGAAGCAUGGAAAGUGUUCAAGAGUAUGGAUGAGAAAGGAAUUAAACCAACUUCCAAAUCAUAUACAAUAUUCAUAAAGGAGCUGUGUAAAGUUUCUGACACAGAUGUGAUCGCCAAGGUUUUGGAUGAAAUGGAGGCUUGCAAAGUAAAUGUUCGAGAUGAUAUCUUUUGGCAGGUAACAUCUUACCUUGAGAAGAAAGGAGACAUAGAAAAGCUGAAUAAGCUAAAGCAGAUAAAGAGAGGUUUUACCUUUUAUCCUAGAGGUGGAGAGGAACUAGAUGCUGAUGAAUGCAAUCGACUGGAACUUGCAGGAGAAUCAGAAUCCAUUCAACUAGUUCAGAAAAGGUUGUCGGAUUCCUUUCCAGAGUCUGCAUUGAAAUUAUCCAGAAAUACUGAUAUGCAAGAAGUUUGCCAAAUCUUAUCUUCCUCAACUGAUUGGUGCUCUAUACAAGAGAAGUUGGAAGAACUUUGUUUCCAGUUUAGGCCUGAGCUUGUUGUGGAAAUUUUGCGUAAAUGCAGUCUUAAUAUAAGUACUGCCUUAAAGUUUUUCUCAUGGGUAGGGAAGCAAACUGGUUAUAGUCACAAUGAACAAUCAUACAAUAUGGCCAUGAAAAUUGCUGGUCAAGGCAAAAACUUUAAACAAAUGAGGAGCCUCUUCUAUGAGAUGAGAAGAAGAGGUUGCUCAAUAACAUCUGAUACAUGGACAAUCAUGAUAAUGCAGUAUGGUCGAACAGGGUUGACAGAUAUUGCUUUGAGAAACUUCAGAGAGAUGAAACUUAGCGAUUGCAAACCAACAAAAAGCACAUACAAGUUUUUGAUCACCACUCUGUGUGGGAAAAAAGGUAGGAACGUUGAUGAGGCCAUCAAGAUAUAUCAAGAAAUGGUUCAAGUUGGUUGUGCUCCUGAUAAAGAGUUGGUUGAAACUUAUGUUGGCUGUUUAUGUGAAGUCGAUAAACUAUUAGAUGCGAAAAGCUCUAUUGAAUCUUUGCAUAAAUUUGGUUUCUCAAUUCCACUAUCUUACUCAUUGUAUUUCAGAGCUCUUUGCCGGGCAGGGAAGUUGGAAGAUGCUUUAGCCUUGAUGAAUGAAACUGGCCCUGAAAGGAAUCUUCUGAACCAGUACACAUAUGGUAGCUUGAUUCAUGGUUUGUUACGGAGGGGACAAUUAGAAGUGGCAUUGGCAAAGAUGAAAGAUAUGAAACACCUCGGGAUCCAUCCUACUGUCCAUGUAUACACAGCUUUGAUAAUUCACUUUCUUAAGGAGAAAAAUAUAAAUAAAGCUUUGGAAACUCUAGAGGAAAUGAAAGAAGGGGGUUGUCAGCCUACCAUUGUCACUUAUUCAGCUUUGAUGUCUGGAUAUGUGAGAUUAGGGCAGGUUAUUGAUGCUUGGAAUGUUUUCUAUCAUGUGAAACAGAAUGGCCCAUCACCCGAUUUUAAGACUUACUCUAUGUUUAUAGAUUGCCUCUGUAGAAUAGGCAAGUCUGAAGAAGCCUUCAAACUUAUUUCUGAAAUGCUGCAGGAUGGGAUUAUUCCGAGUACAAUUAACUUUCGGAAUAUUAUAUAUGGUCUAAAUAGAGAAGGGAAACCAAAUUUGGCCCAUGUUGUACUAAAGAAGAAGUUGGAUAUCAAAAGAAGAAGAAAAAUGGUUUGAUCCUGACAUAUGCUUUAGGAGGGCUUUGACAUCUAGAACUUUCUGUCAGUGAAGAACUUGAUGCAGCCAUAGUUUCAGGGAUCAAGGUAAUAUAUUGUGCUAGUCUGCAUUUACUUCGAUAAUAAUGAAGCAUGCUUGGUUCAUUUUCCUUUAAAAUUAUCAGCUCUUGCUAUUGUUUUCUCCCAUACUAACUGUGGUUUUAAAUACCAUAUGUUGCAUCUGAAGAAUAGAGAAGAGUCCUGGUCAGAUUUAGCGACAUCUUUUUCGAUAUCGUGUGCUGUAUUGUGCUUUGGUCAGAUGCAUUAGAAUGGUGCAAACACAAGUUGAAUGUUCUAUAUGAAUUUGGUCCUACCAGAAAUGGUCAUUAAAUCAAAGGUCAUCCAUCCCUGUGGAAAAGGAUAAGCAGAUCCAUGACUACAACAUCAAAGACAUGUCAGAAGCAAGCAAGUAGUCACAUGUCUCCUCUUCCCACUUUUCAGUUUUGUAGUUUCUUGGUCUUUGUGCUCUAAUGAUGAAUACCUCCCAAGAAGCUCUUCUACAUUCACGUUGCCUUUAUUUUACAGCAUAUUCCGAGGCCGAUCACAUCAAUUCACUUUACCUCAUCAUGAGUUGGAUUAGCAGAAGAGAAAAUAUCGAUAUUAUAGUAGUAUUGGCAGAAGAAAAAUAGUGAAAUUCUAUUUCCACUGGUCAGUCAACUACAGACAUACUCAUCUCUAAUAAUGCAAUAUUACAAGGGAAAGCUGAACCAUAUUUUGUUAAUUCGUGUAGAAUAUGCAAUAUUUUUGUUUUACUGGAACUAUUCAUCAUCCCCGCCUUCUAAAAUUUAAGAUCAAACUGGUAGGAACCUGAGAUGUUAUACGAUAAAAUCUUCCAAGGCAUAAACUAUUACUGUCUCUUUCAAUUUGUAUCUUCUUGUCUCAGUGCAAGGAGGUUCAACUUUCUGUUGCCUUGCCUGCUUUGUUUUUAGUCUUGCUGCAAAGGCUGCCUCUCGAAGUUGAAAAAAUGAAAAUGAAAGAAAACGCUGCUGCAGCGGAAUCGAUAAUAUCAGUAAUAUCCUUAUUUUCCUUUCCAGAUAAUCUUUCGGUUGCAAAUUGAAAUUCUCAUCUCUUCUCAUUGUCUUUGUGUUCUUUUGAACUAAUUCUUUCAGUAGUUGGAGCAGAUGGGAUUCCUUCAAAGAUCCACAUGAAGCUGACAUAUUGUCACAGAGCUGCUCAAGUAUGUAGCAAGUCUCCCAUAAGGUAGUUAAAGAGACAAGAAAGCCCCUACUGGUUUCAGGCUCACUGGAUUUUCCAGUGGAAUUUUGACUGGGAUUUGCUUCAGGUGCAAGUCCCCCAUCAUGUUUCUCUAUUUAAAGGGCGCAAAGUGCCAAAAAUGCAAUUUACGGAUGUAUAGGUGCCAAUUGCCCAUCUACAUUGGUAUAAUAUGUUACUGAAAAUUAACCAAUAUUCUCUUGAAAUUGGGAAUCAUGCCCAGUUAAUUUAUCAUAUUGUG